AUGGGUGCUGGGUCCCGGCUGGAUCCCGGCUGGAUUCCGCGGGUGCCCGGCAGGCGCUGGUGCGAGCGGACGGUGCAGGUGACGGAGCAGGAGGAGGUGACGCCCCGGCGCGAGGCCGCCGUGCCCUGUCCCAGUUUGUACCAGUACAGCCUGGCCGGGUGGCGGCUGGACCGGGACCGCACGCGCCAGGGACACGGGGACCCCCCGGGGGACACCAAAACCGACCCCCCUGGGGACACCAACACUGACCCACCCGGGGACACCGGCACCGACCCCCCCCUCUGCUACAUCUACCGCCCCCCGGAGACACGGCCGGUGGUCCGGAGCCACACGGAGCGCGGCUGCUGUCCCGGCUGGAGCGGCCCCCGCUGCACCGAGGGUAUGGGGACGUGGGGGCGGCACCCAGGGAUGUCCCCAGGGUGCCACUGCCACUGCCCCAUUCCCACUGGGUGCUGGGAUGGGUGCCGGGAGCUGGGAUGGGCACUGGGAUGGGUGCUGCACAUGACCUUCGGGACAGACACGGUGGUGGCCUGGGGACGGAAUGUGUCGGCGAACGGGGUGGCGGUGCUGGAGGGCCACCCCUACCUGCACAGAGGGCUCGGUGUCACCUGGCCGGGGGACUGGGUGGCCGUGGCCAGCAGCCUGGGCGUGCGGGUGGCCUGGGACGGGCACCUGGCGGUGACAGUGACGGUGGAGCCUGAGCUGCGGGGGGGCACCUGGGGGCUCUGCGGCACCUACACCGACGACCCUGCAGAUGACUUCAUGGGCCCCGAUGGGGACGUCACCCCCUUUGCCGCCGCCUUUGGCAACGCCUGGAAGGUGCCGGCAGCUGGCACAGAGGUGGACCCCAGCGGGUUCUAUGCAGCGUGUCUGGCGCUGCUGUGUGGGGACGGGGACCCUGGACCCUCGUCACCACCCGACCCCCUGUCACCCCCCGACCCCCCGUCGCCCCCCGUCCCCCCGCCCCCCGCCGCCUGCGACACCUUCUCCGCGUACUCCCGGGAGUGCUCCCGCCGCCAGGUCCACGUCCCCUGGCGCCGUCCCGGCUUCUGCGAGCGCCGCUGCGGCGCCGGGCAGCGCUUCUCCGACUGCGUGUCCCUGUGCCCGGUCACCUGUGUCACCGCGGGCAGCGCCGAGGAGGGGACGUGCCAGCGCCACUGCCACGGCGGCUGCGAGUGCGGCCCGGGGCUGGCCCGGGACGGGGACGGCUGUGUCCCCCCCGCCGCCUGCCCCUGCCACCACCGGCGACAGCGCUACGGGCCCGGCCAGAGCAUCCGCCAGCGCUGCAACCGCUGGUGGCCGUGUCACCGCGCGGUGGAUCCGGAGCCGUUCCUGGAGCUGUGCCGGUGGGAUGUGUGUUCCUGCCGGGAGCAGGAGCCGGAGCGGUGCCUGUGCCCGGCACUGGGAGCCUACGGCCGGGAAUGCGCCCGGGAGGGGACGGAGCUGGAGUGGAGGAACCGGAGCCUCUGCGACGAGCCGUGCCCCGGGGGGCAGCAGUUCCAGGACUGUGGGGGUCCCUGCGGCCGUUCCUGCUCGGAGCCCCCCGGAGCCGGGGACUGUCCCCCACCGGACACCCUCUGUGUCCCCGGCUGCCGCUGCCCCCCGGGGCUGCUGUUGGCCCAGGGGGGCCAGUGUGUGCCCCCCGCCGCCUGCCCGUGCCCCCGCGGCGCCCGCCUGUACCCCCCCGGCGCCCGCCUGCACCGCGGCUGCCAGGCCUGUGUGUGCGCAGGGGGGUCGUGGCGCUGCGCCCCCGCCCCGUGUCCCCCCGCCCCGCGCUGCCCCCCGGGGCUGCUCCACGCGCCGGGGUCGUGCCUGCGCCGCUGCGACCCCGCCGAGCCCGGCGGCACCUGCGGGGGCCCCGCCGACGGCUGCGUCUGCCCCCCCGGGACCCUCUUCCUGGACGGGCGCUGCGUGUCACCGGACGAGUGUCCCUGUCACCACGGCGGGCGGCUGUACCCCCCCAACGCCACCAUCGCCCGCGACUGCAACACCUGCGUGUGCCGGCGGCAGCGGUGGCACUGCGGGCGCGAGGAGUGCGCGGGGACGUGCGUGGCCACCGGGGACCCCCACUAUGUCACCUUCGACGGCCGCGCCUUCACCUUCGCGGGGGACUGCGAGUACCUGCUGGCCCGCGAGGCCACCGGGCUGUUCGCGGUCACCGCCGAGAACGUCCCGUGCGGGGCCACCGGAGUCACCUGCACCAAGUCCGUGGUGGUGGCCAUGGGGAACACCGUGGUGCACAUGCUGAGGGGGACCCGCGUGUACGUGCGCGUGUCCCCGCGGCUCCGCGGGCGCCUGGCCGGGCUCUGCGGGAACUUCGACGGCGACGCCGAGAACGAUUUCGGGAGCCGGGAGGGGGCUCUCGAGGCGACCCCCGAGAUCUUCGGGGACUCCUGGCGCCUCAGCCCCCUCUGCCCCGAGGCCGACGGGCACCGCCAGCACCCCUGCGACGACAGCCCGCAGCGCGCAGCCUGGGCGCGGGGGCGCUGCGGGGUCCUGCGGCACCAGCUCUUUGCCCCCUGCCACGACCUGGUGCCCCCCCAGCGCUUCUACGAGUGGUGCCUGUUCGACGCCUGCGGGUGUGACAGCGGGGGGGACUGCGAGUGUCUGUGCACGGCCCUGGCCGCCUACGCCGAGGAGUGCGGCCGUCGGGGGAGACCCCUGCGCUGGCGGAGCCAGGGGCUGUGCCCGCUGCAGUGCGAGGGGGGGCAGGAGUACAACCCCUGCGGCCCCCCCUGCCCCCCCACCUGCCGCGACCUCGGCCGGGACCCCCCCGAGCUCUGCGGGGCCCUGGAGUGUCUCGAGGGGUGCUUCUGCCCCCCCGGGAGGGUCCUGCACGACGGGGCGUGUGUGGACCCCCCCUCCUGUCCCUGCUUCUGGGACGGGUUUGCCUUCCCGGCUGGAGCCACCGUGACCCAGGGCUGCAGCAACUGCACGUGUCUCGAGGGGCGCUGGCAGUGCCCCCCGACCCCGUCCCCGUGUCCCGCCGUCCCCGGCUGUGCCCCGUGGGAGUUCCGCUGCCGGGAGGGGGGUCUCUGCGUGCCGGGGGCCUGGCUCUGUGACAACGAGGACGACUGCGGUGACGGCUCGGACGAGCUGUGCGACCCCCCCUGCGCCCCCCACCAGCCCCGCUGCCCCGGCGGGCGCUGCCUGCCCUGGGGGGCCCGCUGUGACGGUGUCACCCACUGCCCCGACGGCUGGGACGAGGCGGGGUGUCCCCCGCAGCCCUGCGCCCCCCCCGAGUUCGCCUGUGCCGGGGGGCUCUGCCUCCCCCCCGCCCGCGUCUGCGACGGGCGGCUCGACUGUCCCCCCGGGGACCACUCGGACGAGGCGGGCUGUGCCCCCCGGUGCGGGCCGGGGCAGUUCAGGUGCGCGGGGGGCCGCUGUGUCCCCUUCCCCCACCGCUGCGACGGCCGCGACGACUGCGGGGACGGGAGCGACGAGCGCGGCUGCUCCUGCCCCGAGGGGCACCUGCCGUGCCCCGGGGGGGGCUGCCACCCCCCCGCCGCGCUCUGCGACGGCCGCCGCCACUGCCCCGACGGCACCGACGAGGCCAAUUGUCCCGCGCGGGCCGCCUGCGCCCCCGGCACCGUGCCCUGCCCCGACGGCUCGUGCGUGGCCGAGGUCGCCGUGUGCGACGGCGCUCGCGACUGUCGCGACGGCUGGGACGAGAGUCCGGCGGGGUGUGCGGUGGCCCUGCCCCCCGCGCCGCUGGCACCUGGCACCGCUGCCACCGCUGGCACCGCCACUGGCACCGCUGGCACCGCCGGCACUGUCAUCGCGGCUACCAGCGCCACCGACACCGCUACUGUCACCGCCGCUGUCGCCGACAUCGGCACCGUCACCGACACUGUCACCAGCACUGCCAACGCCUCGGCAGAGCCCCGCGGUCCCGGGAGCAGCUCGGGGGGUCCUUGCGCCGAGUUCGACUGCGGGGGGGACGAAUGUGUCACCUUCCAGCAGGUGUGUGACGGGGUGCGGGACUGUAGCUCGGGGAUGGACGAGCGGGGGUGCGGCCUCUGGGGUCCCUGGGGCCCCUGGGGGUCCUGCAGCCGCCCCUGCGGGCCCGGGGGGCAGCGCCGGGUCCGGGGGUGUCACCAGGGUCACCCCGGGCUGCUGCGGGGGUGCCGGGGGCCGCGCGAGCAGGAGAGACCCUGCUUCCACCGGGCCUGCCCAGUGGACGGCGAGUGGGGCCCGUGGGGACCCUGGUCCGACUGCCCGGGGGGCUGCGGGGGGGUCCGGCUGCGCAGGAGGGGGUGUCGGCCCCCCCAGAACGGCGGCCGAGCCUGCGAGGAUCUGCCCGGGGGGGCCCCCGGAGCCCUGGAGAUGGCCCCCUGCCCCCCGGGGGGGUGCCUCAACGCCUCGGAGUGCGAGGGGGGGCUGCGCCCCCUCCCCUGCGCCCCCUGCCCCUCCUCCUGCGCCGACCUGGCCGCCGCCGUCGCCUGCCCGCGACCCCCGCCCUGCCGCCCAGGGUGCUGGUGCCCGGCGGGGCGGGUGCUGGACGCCCCCGAGCCCGGCGCGGGGCCCGCCCGGUGCGUGUGGCCGCGGGAGUGCCCGUGCCGGGCGGGGGGGCGCGCGUACCCCCCGGGGGUCCCGGUGCCCCUCGGCUGCCGCCUCUGCACCUGCCUCGAGGGGCGCCUGCGGCACUGCCGCCCCCUCCCCGGCUGCUCAGUGGACUGCGGGUGGUCGUCGUGGUCGCCGUGGGGCGCGUGCGCGGGCACCUGCGGGACCCCCGGCGUGCAGUGGUCGUUCCGCAGCCCCUCGAACCCCCCCCGGCGCGGGGGGGGGCGGCACUGCCGCGGCAUCUACCGCAAGGCCCGACGGUGCCACACGGGGCCGUGCCGGCGGUGCCACGAGCGGGGCCGGUGGCGCGUCCCCGGCGAGCGCUGGCGGGGGGGCCCGUGCCAGGUGUGCCAGUGCCUGCCCGGCGGGGGGGUCCGCUGUGUCCCCUACUGCCCCCUCCGCGACACCGGCUGUCCCCGGGGCCACGCGCUGCGGGAAGGUGACGGCGGGUCCUGCUGCUCCUGCGCCCCCGCGGGUGACAACGCGACCUCCCCGGGCACCCCCCCCUCGGCGACAACAGCGCUGGCCCCCGGCCCCCCGGCCGAGCCCCCCGGCAGCCCCAGCCCUACGGCCGCUCUCGGGGGGCCGCCGUCGGGGACCCCCAAAAGUGCCGAGACCCACCCGCAGCCCCCCAGCGCAGCCGGGGACACCCCCAGAACCGUGACCCUCCCCGAGGAGAGCCCGAGAGCCCCCGGGAGUGUCACGACCUCCCCCGAGCCCCCCCAGCUCCGGGCGCUGCCCUCGCCGGCUCCCACGGGGGUCCCCGCCGAUACCCCCGCAGGGGGAGGGUGGGGGUCCUGCAGCCGCUCCUGCGGGGUGGGGGUCGCCCUGCGGCGCCGGGGGGGGUCCCCGCCCGGGGGGAGCUGCGCUCACCCCCCCAGCAUCGACACCCGCGUCUGCUUCCUGCGAGCCUGCCCAGGUACCCCCAAACCCCCGGGACCCCCG